GCAUUCCGCUUUUGACAUAUAGUAACUUUCUUAAUCACAAGAUAAUAGUUUUUGUUUACUUGUGUUUUUUCUAAUGUUUUCUUUAUGUUUUUUGUAGAGAGGAACGGACUGAUUAUAUAGUGCAAUAUAACUGUGCGUUUUAUGCUAUACAUGAGACCAGGCGGAAUGUACACGUUUAUAAAUUGAAAUAAAUAUAUAUUUACUUUGAGAUAUAUUAGUAAAAUUAUCAAACAAAGGAUGUAAGCUACUUCAGGACCGGAUUUACGCUUUAAAUACAGACCACCACAACAAUUGACGCGUUUACAUGUGUGCAAUAACUGUAUAAUUACAUGAAACAUGUAUCAGUAGAUAGUGCACAAUUUCAAUUGCUGUUCAAAUAUUUAGUUUAAAUGAGACCUUAUUAGCAAAUUGAUCAGGAGUAUUAUGUAUCUAAAUGCUUAAUAUAAAGUGGUUAUAUUUUUAGCAUCUUAGAAAAGGAGUAUACAAAGUAUUGGAAAGUAACUUAUGUAGAAGGGAUGUAUAAGUAUACAGUAUUAAGAUCAUAGAAAAAAGAAAUUAAUUGGAUAUUUGGUAACAUUCGACGUAGCUAUACAUGAUUAGAAUUUUCAUACCAACUGCAGUACCCGAGGAAACCUGAAAUUCUACAUUUCAUCAAGUACAAAAUUCCUUUCAAACAAACACAACUGAUAUACAGGCUGAGGCAAUUAAUAUUUGUGUUUCCUGGUAACCGAACACCCUUUAAUAAUACUGUAAGGGUUGAUGGACGGUCAAUAUAAAAUGAAACGAUGACGUCAUGGAAGUAUGCAAGAUCUUUGAAGAAAGUGGUUUUCCACAGGAAAUGCCUCAUUCUCAUGGCCGCAAUAUCAAUGCCAUUCUUUCUUCUAACUUACGCAAGAAGAGGAAAUGCAUUUCUGAAAAACGAUCUCCCGCCAGAAAAUGCUGAAUUUUCUGUAAAUAUCAGAAAGAAACUGGCAUAUCAUGGAGAAGACUACUCAUUCAUUGGAGAUCGAUUCAAAAGACGAAGAGAACAUCUACAGGCUCAGUGUAACAGUAUGCAAGGAUAUUUUGAGAUUCAGAAUUCAGAAAACGCUGUGAAAGAACACCUUACUAUUGACAAGAAAAAUAGACUUGUUUAUUGUGCAAUUGAGAAAAUAGGGUGUACUUUUUGGAAAAGAGUAUUCCAGAUUAUAAGCGGGUUUAGAAACGUAACAGAUCCAUUUCAAAUACAGGGUAUUCGUGCUUAUGAAGGCUAUCUCACUGCCAAGGGAAUGCCGUUUGACCGAAUACAUUAUAUUCUAAAACAUUCCACAAAGUUUAUGUUCGUAAGGGAACCUUAUGAGCGGCUAUUGUCCGGCUACGUUGACAAACUGUUCGCACCAAACGCCGCGUAUUGGUCAUUUAUUGGUACAUAUAUUGUGCAGCAGUUUAGACCGAACGCAACUAAACGCGAAAAGAUCUGCGGUGAUGACGUCAGCUUUGAAGAAUUUGUGCGUUAUUUCAUUCGUUCACAACAUAACAACAUGAGACGAGAUGCACAUUUUGUGCCAAAUUUUGAACAUUGCCGCCCCUGUGAAAUAGACUACGAGUACGUAGGGAAGCUUGAAACUUUUGAGGAAGAUACAAUAUAUCUCUUGAAAAAAUUAAAACUUGACGACAAAGUGAAAUUUCACAAUUUCGAGAGAGAAACGGAAAGAGAUGCUAUAACAGAUGCAGCAGAUUAUGUUUUUUCUAUGCGAAAAGCAAUAACUCGUUGUAUGUCAAUGAAUGAGGCAUUGUUUCGUGCUUACAGAAAGUUACAAAUUAGGGGAAUAAUUAGUAAGGAAAUUCCAUUCCCGUUUGCACAGGAAACAAACAGGGAAAUCGGGAUCAAAGAAUAUAAGGAAGCCCUUUUAGUUGCGCAUGAAGAAUCAGGGCCAUCCUCGAGCCGGAAGUCAAACAGAAAAGAAGCCUUUUUGGAGGCGUAUUCUACUCUACCUCAUGAUCUAAUAAUGAAAUUAAAAGAAGAUCUUAGCAUUGAUGCCAAACUUUUCGAUUAUGAACUAUACCCGGAGAGCCUUAAAAAUAGAGAAAACUACAAUAAUGAUUUCAAAUAUUUUCAGAUCAGGUAAAGAAAGGACUUAGUCUAAAAAAAUUCCAUUAAUUUGCAUAAAAGUAACAUGUUUGUGAAAUAGUUUAGUUCGUGUUGGCAAAUUAAUUGAAAUUAAUUAUAGAUUGUUUUGCGCAGUGCAACUGUUACAAUAAUAUAGAAUGUAAAUGGAUUUAUGCGCAUUUAAAAGCCAUAUUGUGACUUUUGCGAUAUGCCGAUGUCCAUCUGUUUGUCUUGUGUUUCUUCCAUUUUAUAAAUGCUGUUACAUUAUAUUAAAUUUACGCCUAGAGUACUGAUGUGCAAAAAGCCCAACAGAAGAACGAGCUUACGUUGCAGUACUGAUGUGUAAAGAAUCCCCACAGAUAAACACACUUAAGUUUGGAGUAUUGAUCUACUGAUAAACAAGCUUGUGUUUUAAGUACUUAUGUGUACAAAAUAUCUACACGGGACUUUUUUCCCGAUGUAUGCACAUGCUUGUAUUUUGUCUUUGCAUUCGUUUGUUACAUUUUGUUUUGCUAACAUUUAUACCUAUCGCCAAUGUCCUACUGAGAAUUACUGUGUAUGUGGAUGUAUUAAGCUACAACUUUUAUUUAUUAAAUCGUCACUUAUACUGUUA